AUGCAAGACAGGUGUGAAUACCUUGGGUUUAUUUCCACCUUCGGCGUUCUGUGUGGCCCCCACGUGCUAAGGAUAGCCUUUGUAGUGCAGGAGCUGGGCCUCGAUGUAAUCCUGAAGGUAAAGGCGAGAUCAGAGCAGAUUGCCAAAAUCAUAUAUAGAUCCCGCUCUCCUCCCUCAUCUUUCACCAUCCAGCAUCCGCAGCAUCAUCAACUUCACUCAUUCAUACACCGCUCCAAAGAGACUACAAAGAUGCGUCUUUCACUCCUCUCCGCCUGUUUCGGCCUUGUCUCUUCUGCUCUCGCCCAUUGCCCUUCAACCAGCUACAAUACCACGCGAUGGGCUCCUAUCCCUGAGACUGCUAGAGGCAUGACCAUACCUGCGACGGGUUAUCUAACUCAACACCUCGGAGGAGGAGCUUAUGCUAUCCUCAAUGGCGAGUACCAGUCAUGGUUUCUUGUAUCUGACAAGGGUGUCAUUGUUAUGGACUGUCCUCCCCUAAUCGGCCGCAACUGCCUGUACGCCAUUGGGAACGUUACGGAUAUUCCAGUCACCCAUUUCGUCUAUUCCCACGCUCACGCUGACCAUGCCGCUGGAGCCGUCCUCUGGGCCGAUGCGGGUGUCACCUUCAUUGCACAGGAACUAUCCAAGGAGCGCAUUAUUGAGGUCUUGAACCAGGGCAACCUCCCGGUACCUGUGCCAACCGUCACCUUUGAUAAACAUAUGACCCUCCAGGUCGGCAACCAGACUGUCGAGCUCUCAUACAAGGGCGACAACCACGCCGUUGGCAACAUCUUCAUCUACGCCCCUAAGCAGAAGAUCCUCGCCCUCAUCGAUGUUGUCUUCCCCGGAUGGGCCCCCUUCGGUGAACUCGGUGCCUCCGAGUACAUUCCCGGCUGGACAAAGGCACACGACCAGAUCCUCGAGUAUGACUUUGACUAUUACAUCGGUGGACACGUCUCUCGUCUUGGAAACCGGGCGGAUGUUGAGAUCCAGAGGCAGUAUGUCAUGGAUCUCAAGCGGAUUACUAUCGACGCAGUCGCAGCGAGCACCCCGCUUAUUGCUCAGAUUACCGGACCGGCUACUGCAGCAAACCCCGGGAAUCCCUGGGCACAGACCAGCGCCUACGGACAGUGGUUGACGGAUUAUUGCGAGCCUAAGAUUAAUGAUCUUUGGGUUGGCAAGCUAGGUGGUGCCGAUGUGUAUGCGCGCAUGAACUGUUACAAGAUGAUUGAGGCGGUCAGGCUUGAUUGGGGUUACUUGGGGCCCGCUGGGUUGAGAUCUUAA